AACUUGUAUUUAACCCAUAACCCUCCCAACCCUUAUCUGCCUCUUUCUCGCUUCUUUUAUCUUUUCAUCCUGAAUUAUGGACCCUUACCACCACCACCAGCAGCAGCAGCGCCGCAGAUUUCUUGCUGGAACGGCGCCGUUUUCCCCUGAGACUCCCUUUUCCCGUUUAAUCGAUCAAAGCCUUGCGAGCCCUGAAACUUCUACUCAAAACCCCUACCUAGAAACUCUUGAAUCUGUCUUCUUAAGACUCAAUGUAUCUCAUGAUAAUCAAACUUUAUAUUCAGGUUCUCAUGACAAUAUCUUUAAUGGGUCCGUUGUAGAUUUUAAAAUUUUGGAUGGUCUUGCCUCUCGCGGCCUGGUUGGUUUUUUGCCAACCCAAAACAAUGAGAUAAAUGCUUUCGGGGCUACGAGGGUUCAAGAUUUUGUUCACAAUCCAAUGAUGGCUGGUUCUAAUUCUGAUUUGAGGAGUAACACUUUCGUUUAUGGUGGUGCGUAUCAAAAUCCAAACCUUAACAACCGGAGAGGAUUAAUGCAAAGAGAAUCGCAUUAUGGGUCGAUGAAUAAUGUUUUGGUGUCUAAAAGCCAGAAUUAUGGGAGGAGGCCACCUUGGUUACAAGAUUACGUGUCCUGGGAGGAUUUGAGUGGCAAGAUCGUGGCAUUGGCUAAGGAUCAACACGGAUGUAAGUUCUUACAAAGGCUUAUUGAGAGUGCAACAAGAGAACAAAUUGAUAUGUUGUUUUACGAAGUGAUCGACUAUGUUGGGGGGUUGAUAGCGGACCCAUUUGGGAAUUAUGUUGUACAAAAGCUUAUAGAGGUGAUUAGUGAGGAACAGAGGACUCGGGUUUUGCGAAUGCUUACUCGAACGGAUUUUCAACUUGUGAGAAUUUGUCUUGAUGUGCAUGGAACUCGGGCUGUACAGAAGUUGUUGAAUUGUAUUACAAACCCUCUGCAAGUUUCUUUAGUUGUAUCAGCUCUAAACCAAGGUGCUAUUGCAUUGAUAAAGGAUUCCAAUGGUCAUCAUGUGAUCCAGCAUUCUGUGAAGCAUUUUUCUCCUCAAGACAAUAAGGUGAUCUUCAAUUCAUUGAACCCCCCACUCCCAAAAAACAAAAAGUUUGUUGGAGAUCCUUUGUUAUAUCUCUGUAGUGUAAUCUGGGUUAUUAUUUCAUAUUUCUGA